CCGAAGCGGGUUUCAAGUAGGGUUUUAAAGUUUGCUCUCUGGUCGGACGGCGCGCCGACGCGAUGCUUCGCUCCCUAGUACGCUGCCAUGCGCUCCCUCCGUCGACGCAACUCCGUCGCGUCCUCUUCUUCUCCACCGGAACUUCCGUCUCCUCCUCAGGCGUCACUGCUUCUCCCGAUCCCCACUUCAUCGUCGAAUACCUCAUGAAUACAUGCGGGUUCUCCGCCGACGAUGCUUCCAAGGUCUCUAAGUUUUGCCCUCGUAUUAAGUCCACAGAGAAGGCUGACGCCGUUCUUGGAUUCUUCAGAUCUCAGGGCCUUGAUGGUGCUAAUCUGAGAAGGAUAAUAGCUUGCAAACCAGGAUUGCUCGGCUGGGAUGUGGAGACGAACCUUGCUCCAAAGUUUAAAAUUUUGCGCGACAUGGGAUUAUCUGGGUCCGACAUCAUCGAUAUCAUUCGGCGGCACCCUAUCGUUAUUGUCUCCAACAGCAAGAUCCCGCUUCUCCUCCGAUUUAAGGUUUGGGAAAGUUUAUUGGGAUCGAAGGAGAUCCUCCUCAAGAAUCUCCGGAGGUGUGGAUGGUUUUUUAGCAGCAACAUUGAGAAUGUAGUGCGCCCCAAAUUGAACUUCUUACGGGAUGAAUGUGGUAUUCCUGAAGACCGGAUUUCUCUUGUCAUUAAAAGUCACCCCUGCUUCAUCGUGCAGAAUCCUGAAUCCCUCCGGGCUUUGGUAGAUAGAGCUGAGGGGAUUGGAAUUCCCCGUGAAUCUAAAAUGUUCCUUUGGAUUCUUGAUGUGCUGCACGGGGUCAGCAGGGAAAAAUUUGAGGCCCAUGUAAAGAUCAUGAACAGGUUUGGUUGGUCGAACUCGGAUUUUGUUACUGUAGUCAAGAAGCAUCCAACUUUUUUAUGUCUUUCAACAGAGGUAUUGCAGAGAAAGAUGGAAUUUUUAGUUAAGGAUGUUGGAAUGGCACCUUUAGACAUUGCUAAGAAGGCAGUGGUUUUACGAUUAGGUUUGGAAAAGAGGUUAAUUCCUCGAUUUCAUGUGAUGGAGAUUUUAAAAUCUGAAGGGUUAUGGACUUCACAGAUGAUGUUAUCUACGUUUUUCUCAUCGCCAGGACCAAAAUUUUUGCAGAAGUAUGUACUCCCUUACAAAGAUAAAUUACCCAAACUGCAUGAUUUCUUGUGAGUUGUAGCUGAGUUUGAGAGGAAUAUCCAACAGGGGUUUAUUUGGCAAAGUUUUGGUUCAUGUUGUGUGGUACAAUGACAUCUGCCAAGGUUACUUAGAAAUCAUUUUCCUUCUACUUAACCUAUCUCAUCUCUUCCUACUGUUGAAAGCUGAUGGAGAAUAGCAUUCUAGUUAGAAGGUUCUUUGCUGAGUUUCAUUGAAAAUGUCACUCUUAUUUUGUGGAUAGAGUGGGUCACCUACUUGAUUUCUGUUUGUUAACACAAAAAUUACAGUCUAUUUCUGAAUGUUGUCAAUUACGAAUUCUUACAUAUAUGUAAAGUACUGUUUUCCUGAGAUUCUUGUAUAGUUAUUUGAAUUGUAAAGUAUGAUAAAUAUAGAUUAGUCGAUCAAUGAGA